AACAAACAAUUCUAAAAACUACCUAUAAAAAAUCGAUAUAUCAAGAAAUUGCAUAGCAAAUACUUCAAAUUGUGCAUUUAGUUAUAGCCAACUCUGGUGAACAGCGUACUAGUCGUUGAACAGAUUCAUUGCAUUAACAGAAAUUGGUAUUUUGCAAACCAGUUUUUUUCAGAAUGUUAUUAACAAAUAAGUGUGCGCAGCAUGGACUGGGAAUGGGCUUUCAAAAAGUUGCAAGUCUGCUUAAUAAGCGAACAUAUUCUUGGGUGGUAACGGCCGCCGGCUUGAAGUUAACAACAAAAACAUUCAAUGCCGCUGAAUCAAGGGGGAAGUGGGGAGGCAGCGUACCGUUGUGGUGCAGCAGCAACAGAUAUGUGAGCUCAGUUCUCUAUCCGACAUCAACGAAAGCAGCAGCAACUGCAGCAACUGGUGUUAUUAGCAAUUACAACAGACAACAAGCACUCACUUUAACCACAAAAGCAGCGACAAAACGCAAAAUGGUGGCCAAACUAACCGAACAAGAACGUUGUGAGAAACUGCAGCCACUGCUGGACGCAGGCUGGACAUUAGUGGAGGGACGUGAUGCCAUUUACAAGGAGUUCCAAUUGAAGGACUUUAAUCAAGCUUUCAGCCUAAUGACUGGAGUUGCCUUGUUGGCCGAGAAAAUCAAUCAUCAUCCGGAGUGGUUCAAUUGCUACAACAAAGUGCAGGUGACUCUGAGCACUCAUGAUGUUAAUGGCCUCAGUAGCCAAGAUAUUCGCAUGGCCAACUAUUUGGAGGCCCAAGUCAAGUUGUUAAACUAAAUUGUUACUGUAUAUACUAUUUGUAUCUUAAUGCCUGUUUAUUUGGAAAUGAAAUAAUUAGCCCAAUGUGGACUUACUUAAUA